AUGGCCAACAAAGCGCCCUUCAAGACGACCUUCGAGGCCAGCGAGGUCAUUCGGCCUGUUUUCACCGGCGGUGCCGUUGCCAUUGAGAAUGGCGCACGCCUCUUGGCCACCACUAUGGGUGAAGAUGUCGUAUUGACGGACCUGAAGACUGGGAAGCACAUCACAUCAAUCGAGGGGGAUGGUGAAUUAAUAUCAACAUUGACCUUGACCCCCUCUGGCUCCCAUCUUAUCGUCUGUUCUCGGUCGCUGUCCAUGCGCAUAUACUCCUUACAGAAGAUACCGUCGGCCGACUCCAUCGAACCUCAGCUAGUACGAACACUGAAGCCUCACGCCACUCCGGUAAUAGUCCUGGCCGUCGAUAGGACGAGUACUCUACUUGCAACAGGUGGAACUGAUGGGUCAAUCAAAGUUUGGGACAUCAGUGGCGGCUAUGUCACACAUACCUUUCGAGGCCCGAGUGUGCUAGUGUCUGCGCUCCUCUUCUUCGAGAUGGCGACGGCGCCGAAGAAGCAGCUGGAAUCCGCUGGUUCCAAAGAGUCCGACAAGAGGAAGAGGAGGAAGUCGAAAGGUGCAGACGAGGACACCGAAGAGGAGGUCUCAGCUACAGCAAGGUUUCGCCUUGCAUCAGGAAGUCAAGAUGGCAAAGUCCGUGUGUGGGAUCUACACAAGAGGAGCGUUGUAGCCAAUCUCGACUCGCAUGUCUCCGAUGUUCAAGGCCUUGAUUACUCGCCCGAACAGAAUGCCCUGGUAACCGCCAGCAGGGACAAGACGAUACGAUGGUGGGAUACAAAGUCUUGGAAACCCCGGAAAGUCGUUCCAUGUUUAGAACUCAUUGAAGCUGUGGGAUUCCUUGGAGAUGGUCGGCUCACAUACAGCGCUGGUUCCAAUGGCUGUUUGCGCAUAUGGGUGACGGAUACCGGCCGAGAACUCACGAAGGAGCAGAAGGCAAAAUCCGAGCCUGAAGCUAUCGUAGGUGCAGUCUACCGGCCAGAACUGCCGUUUGUCGCCUGUAUACAGGUGGAUCAUACUAUAAGCCUUUACCAGGUCCCGUCCGAUGCUGGAGACUCCUCACAGAUUGCGCCACCCGAGCCCUACCGGAGGAUAUCAGGAACGCAUGACGAUAUCAUCGAUUUGCGGUACCUCCUCCCCGACUAUUCUCUGAUGGCGUUGGCUACAAAUUCCGAAGAUAUUCGGAUAGUAUCAGUGUCAGAGCCAAACUCUCACCCCGAUGCUCUAGUAUCUGCCGACUAUUUUGGUCAGGAUAUUGCCCUCCUCAAGGGUCACGAUGACAUUAUCAUAUCUGUGGAUGUUGAUUGGUCCGGACAUUGGGUUGCUACAGGCGCGAAAGACAAUGCGGCCAAGCUUUGGCGAGUCGACCCCGCCAACAACUCGUAUACUUGCUGGGCGACCUUUCCUGGACACGCAGAGUCUGUGGGUGCAGUAGCACUGCCUAGAGCCCGGCCAGUCGAAGGCUCCAAGGCCCACGCCAGCCCCUUGGACUAUCCACCACAGUUCCUGAUAACCGGGUCUUCCGACCAGACCAUCAAAAGAUGGGAGGUGCCCCGAGAGCCACAGCAAAGCGCAAAGUCGGCUAUCAGAGCCGCAUACACGCGGAAAGCCCACGACAAGGAUAUCAAUGCCAUCGAUGUCAACAACUCAUCCCAGUUGUUUGCCUCUGCAUCCCAGGAUAAGCUUGUCAAGAUUUGGUCAAUAGAGGAGGGAGAAACUCAAGGUAUUCUCCGUGGUCACCGGCGUGGUGUCUGGUCAGUCUGUUUUGCUCCCCUAAACAUGCCUGUGCUGCAGGGCGAGCAAGGGUCUGUCUCUGGAAAGGGUGUGGUUUUAACCGGAAGCGGUGACAAAACGGUCAAGUUAUGGAGCAUGACGGACUACUCAUGUCUGAGAACUUUCGAAGGCCAUUCAAACAGCGUCCUCAAAGUAGCCUGGCUUAAGCUACCACCGAACGAAGAGCGUUCUAAGAAGCCCGUGCUCAUUGCCAGCGCUGGCGGAGAUGGGCUCGUGAAGGUAUGGGAUGUCAAUACUGGCGAGACGGAGUGUACGCUGGACAACCACGAGGACCGGGUUUGGGCACUGGCUGUUCACCCUGAAACCAACAUGCUUGUUUCUGGGAGCGGCGACUCCACCGUCACUUUCUGGAAAGAUACGUCAACGGAGACACAAGUAGCUUCGAAUGAAGCAGCUCUGAAGAUCAUUGAGCAGGAGCAGGAACUCGACAACUACGAAUAUGUGGGAGCCUACCGGGAGGCUAUCACGUUAGCGCUCCAACUCAACCAUCCGCGCAAACUUCAGACCCUCUUCGAAAAGGUGGUCAAUUCGAAGACACCGGAUGCUGGCAGCCUGACGGGCUUGAAAGCCGUGGACCAGGUCCUUGCUAGUCUUUCGGACGACCAACUGUUUCUACUCCUCCUGCGACUUCGGGACUGGAACACAAAUGCUAGGACAGCACCGAUGGCGCAACGCAUUCUGUGGACCCUUGUCAAGAGCUAUCCAGCCUCUCGCCUGUCGAAUCUGUCCGUAAAAGGCGCCAGGGGGCAGAAGAGCUUGAAGGAGGUGCUGAACGCGCUCAAGGUCUACACUGAAAGACACUACAAGCGCAUGGAAGAGCUGGUUGAUGAAAGCUAUUUGGUGGAAUAUACCUUGAGAGAAAUGGAUAGUCUCGCACCGAGUCUGGACAGUAUGAAGUUGGUAGAAGAUGGGAGUACUGAUGUAGUGAUGACAUAG